GCGUGUCAAACGUAAGAUCCGCGCGGUAGUCGCGUUGUGUCUGUGAAGUGCCGUGUAGAGGUGCCGAAGUGGCGGGUUUCCUUGCUACAGGACGGGGGGCCCAUGCCCCCUUCCACCAGCACCACAUUGGUAAAAGUCAGUGUCGGUUUGCAAUAAACUAAAAAUUACAAAAAAAAAAUUAUAUCUUCGACUUUGUGGACGGAACUGUGAAUGUGAAUUGGGAUGCCGACGUAUGGAGGACGCGGCGAGGCAGGCGGCGCGAUGGCUUGCGCCGGCUGCGAGAAGCCGAUCCUGGACAAGUUCUUGCUGCACGUGCUGGAGCGCGCGUGGCACGCAGCGUGCGUACGCUGCGCCGACUGCCGCGCUCCACUCGCCGACAAGUGCUACUCUAGGGACAACAAGCUCUUCUGCAGGAAUGAUUUCUUCAGGAGAUACGGUACAAAAUGCAGCGGUUGUGGGCAUGGCAUCUCGCCGUCUGACCUGGUGCGGAAGGCAAGAGAAAAGGUGUUCCAUCUUAACUGCUUCACGUGCCUGGUCUGCCGCAAACAGCUCUCUACUGGGGAGGAGUUGUACGUGCUGGAUGAUAACAAGUUUAUCUGCAAAGAGGAUUACUUAGCUGGGAAGGCGCCAACGCAUUCAGACUCUCUGCUGGGUUCAGGGUCAGACGAGGAGGAGGAGGACGAGUCACGAGCCGCGAACAGCGCCAGCAGCCCCGCGCACGCCCCGCACCCUGCAUUGCAUCCUGAUCUGGCGCACAACGGGGAUACAAAGCCUCAUGAAGACUCCGAAGACCAGGGCUCGUUAGACGGGGACCCGGAGACGAGGGACUCGCAGGCCGAGAACAAGUCACCUGACGACGGCAACGGAGGGUCCAAGCGACGCGGACCUAGGACCACAAUCAAGGCGAAACAACUGGAAAUACUCAAGUCCGCUUUCUCACAGACGCCGAAACCGACGAGGCAUAUACGAGAACAAUUAGCGAAAGAAACUGGUCUGCCUAUGAGGGUUAUACAGGUGUGGUUCCAAAACAAGCGAUCGAAAGAGCGUCGUUUAAAACAGCUGACGUCUAUGGGCAGGGGUCCAUUCUUCGGGUCAUCUCGCAAGAUGCGGGGAUUCCCAAUGAACCUAUCGCCAGGGGGACUAGAGGAGGGGCCGCCGGGGUUUCCUUACUUCGCGACUGCAGAUGGCAAGUUCGAGUUUGGCUAUGGGCCGCCGUUCCACCAUGACGCGCCAUUCUUCCACCCGCCACCCACUAUGCCCUUCAAUCAGCCAGGUCGUUUCGCAGGUGGUAUGGAGUCGCUGCCGGGCGGCGAGUUUCCAGAGCAAUUCCCGCCACCGGACCACCUCGUGUUGCCGAGACCCUCCUCCCCCGAGUUCACCUUUGGUGACGCUCCACCUCCUUUGCACCCCGAGGGUCUCGUCUGGUAGCUGAAGCCGGAGCCGCGGGACUUCCACGACUGAUGCGGCUCAACGGUUUACAAAGUGGACUUUUAUAACGGAGUUCUUUUAUGAACGAAUGUGACGUUAUGAAUUUCGAAUUUCGAACGCAGUGCUCUGUGACGUGUUGU